UAUUUUAAUAAACGGCCUAAUAAUGUUGUUUUAUGCACACUGUGUCGAGCGGAAAUGGCGUAUCACAGCAGCACAACGGCUAUGAACGAGCAUCUAAAAAGAAAACAUCCGACAGAGUUCUUCCCAUCACCAUCAACGAGUCAAUCAUCCGCCAAACGACAAAGCAGUGUCCAGGAUUUUUUUCCAAAGAGGCAUGGGACUGAAUGCACACCCCAAGUGGCCGCUGACCUGACUGAUGGUGUCCUGGAAAUGAUGGUCAUAGACAUGAGGCCAUUAAAUAUGGUAGAAGGGGAAGGGUUUCAAAAAAUGAUCAAACGGUUUCACUUUGGCUACACACUACCAUCAAGAACCCACUUCACUAAGCUUAUGGAGCAAAAAUACACAAAGAAAAUGAAUGAAGUCAAAGCAAUCCUGAAAAAUGUGAAAGGAAAACUGACACUCACAACUGAUGCAUGGACAAGUAUGGCCACUGAAGCUUACCUUGGUGUCACCAUUCACUUUGUUAAUGAUGAGUGGGAGCUUACCUCAAUUAACUUGACAACAAUGCCCCUCAAUGAAAAGCACACUGCAGAAAACAUUGCCUCUUGGAUUGAGGAUGUUGUCAAUAAGUUUGAAAUAAACAUAAAACUAGUACAAGUCAUUGUACAUGACAAUGCUGCAAAUGUUGCAGCUUUAAGAGUUCUUGAGGAAAGACAUGGUGUUUCAUCCCUCAGAUGUGUUGGCCAUACUCUACAGCUUGUAGUUAACCAUGCUCUAAAGGACAACCACAUCAGCAGAGCUUUAGGAGCAGCAAGAAGUUUGGUCGAGCACUUCAGAAAAAGUGAGCUAUCCAGUACAAAACUAAAGGUUAAGCAAAAACAAAUGGGUUCUCCAGACCACAGCCUCAUACAAGAUGUGUCUGUGAGAUGGAACAGUUCCUUUUACAUGAUUAGUCGCCUGCUUGAGCAGAGGUGGCCAAUAACAGCAACUCUGUCAGAUCCGGAGGUCACUCAAAGAGGGAAGCAUUUUCUGGAUCUUAAGGCUGACCAGUGGAGCUUGCUUGAAGAACUUGAACAAGUUCUGAAACCUUUUGAAUGUGCAACUGUGUACCUGAGUGGAGAAUCUCAUGUAACAGUUUCCGCUGUCCCUCUGCUGGUCAAAGGGCUUCGGAAGGCUACACAAACUGCUUUUGAAAAUGCAUCAAUCAAGUGUUUCCAGGUCACUGCUGCACGUGAGAUAACAUCCAGGUGGGAAGCCGAGACCACAUUCAAAGAUGAUGGACCAAAUGUGUGCAUAUUAGCAGCUGCACUUGACCCACGAUUCAGGAAGCUGAAAUUCCUGACUGCAGAUGAGUGUUUAAAAGUUCAAUACAAGCUGCAUGCAAUAGUUCUGGAGGAGAAAAGAAGGGAAAAGGAGACACACGCUCAACAGGGCACAGCAAUGCAAGUGGAAAGACCAGAUGCUGACAGGCGGCCUGUAUCUUUACUAGACGCACUUCUUGGCUCAGAUUCAGAUGAACUCAGCAACAAUGAGGAAGACAACAAUGACAGUAAUGAUGCUGAAAUGGUCAGAAACGAGUUAGUGUCUUAUUUUGGAGAAUCCCCCAUUUCCAAGGAUGAAAACCCAUUAAAAUGGUGGAAAGAACAUCAGGCAAGGUUUCCAAAUCUGGCAAUGCUGGCUCGGUCUUACCUCUCAGUUCCAGCCACAUCGACCCCUUCUGAGCGCCUAUUUUCAGCUGCUGGGAAUAUUGUAAACAAGAAAAGAACCAGCCUCACCCCAGAGCAUGUAGACAUGCUAACCUUUCUUCAUUACAACUGUUAGUCACUCACUGGAAUGAGUAGAAUUGGUUAUAGUGUACUGUGUUGGACUGGAUGUUUAUUUUGCACAUUUUAAAAGCAAUACUUAAUGUUUACAGUGCUCCAGAAUAUUUAGAUUGGCACAAAUGUUUACAGUGUUACAGAAUGUUUUGCCAUGUUUUCAAUGUUGACUGAGUGGCCAUACUUUUUUUUUUUGUAAAUAAAAGCCAUGCCUUUUGAAAAAACUGGCCUAAAUUUAUU